UGCUGUUGCCUCUUGUUCACCAGACGGCUCUUGGGAUCUUCAACAACCAAUAUGUGUGUCCUGCCCUGAAUUAAAUACAAUAGACAAUGGGAGCCUAUCCAUGAGCUCCAAUGGCACUGUGACAAAGGGAGAGCACAGAUGUGAUCUCGGUUUUACCCUAGUUGGAACAGCUAUUCUUUCGUGUUCUGACUCUGGAGUGUGGUCAUCCAGUCAACCGUUUUGUGUUACAUGCCUACCACCAGCUGUUGUUGAGAACGGUAACUUUACGAUACGUUCAAACGGACUCGAAACAAGUGCGAUAUACUCUUGUGAUGACGACUAUACACUCGUAGGAGACGAAGUUUUGUAUUGUGCAAGUGACGGCUCGUGGGCAGACAACAUUCCUGUUUGCGUAUGUUCGUCCUUUCAAAUGCCGACAAAUGGAGGCAUUCAAAUAUCUGCUGACGGCACGACUGCAACGUACACCUGUGGUGAUGGAUAUGCGCUCAAUGGACAGACGAUGCAACAGUGUGGCAGUGUCGAGGACUUAUUGUCUGGAAGCCUACCUCCAACAUGUGUACCUUGCUCGACACUGGACUUCGUUUCCGGUGGAUCAGUAAAUAUUUCUACUGACGGCGUAACAACGAUAGCAAGGUUUACAUGCGGUGAGGGAUACACGCUACAGGGAGACUCAGAUAUUUCCUGUCGGAGCGAUGGAUCCUGGGAUUUCCAAGCUCCUGAGUGUGUUUCGUGCAAUCCUCUGACGCAGCCGGCGGGCGGAACGCUAAGUUACUCAACGGAUGGUACGGUGACUAGGGUAUCUGUGUUGUGUAACACUGGAUACAGUUUGAAUGGUGCAAGGAAUCUUACAUGUCGAGCAGAUGGAUCUUGGAAUCUCGAACCUGGAUUGUGUGUUUCUUGCCCAACCCUGACCGACCCAUACAGUGGUACAGUUGAUUUAGAAACGGAUGGUACAACCACCAAGGCUACGUAUAUGUGUGCUGCUGGCUACUAUUUGGAUGGAACGAACAGCCUUACCUGCCAAACCAACGGAUUUUGGUCAGACGUGGCUCCUAUUUGCAAGUGUGAAGAACCACCCGUUUUAAACCUCGGAAGUUUUAACAUAUCUGUGGAUGGGCUAAUGGUGACUUACAGUUGUGAAGUGGGUAGCUCCAUGUUCGGCGAUACUUCACAGAUGUGUGACACCGCAGGGGCAGGCUGGCUGGGAGAACAGCCGGAGUGUUCUACAUGCGAUCCAUUGGGCUCUGUUCAAAACGGAACAUACCACUUUACCACUAAUGGUGAGGCGACAUUGGCGACUUUCACUUGCGAUGUAGGAAACACUGUAUCCGGAGUAUCCGUCACCACCUGUCUCAGCGAUGGCUCUUGGGAUCUGCAAGUGCCAACCUGUGUGUGCACAUCAUUCCAAUCUCCCUUGAACGGCGAUCUGACGAUCUCGGAGAACGGAACAGGCGCCACAUAUACCUGUGCAGAGGGAUUCUCUCUCAGUGGAGAGGCACAACAAGUCUGUGAAACUGUUGAUGCUCAGCUUGCCGGCAACGACCCACCGACUUGUGUGGGGUGUGCGACGCUCCAAGCAACCAACGCAUUUACUAAUGCCAGUACGGAUGGGUUGACGACCGUCAUGGAAUUUACUUGUGAUGUCGGUUACACUUUGGUCGGGUCAUCUAGUACACAGUGCCGUAGCGAUGGUUUAUGGACAAAUGACCCGCCUUCUUGUGUGUCAUGCCCGGGCCUUUAUGCACCAGAGGGAGCAGUGUUAGAGCAGAUUUAUAGAGGCGGUGUUACAAUUGCCAGCUUUAGUUGUAACCUUGGGUACAGCAUUCUUGGAUCCUCCAUUCUGACAUGUCGUACGGAUCAGACUUGGGAUUUCCAGACACCCUCAUGUGUGCAAUGUCCAAGCCUUGUUGAUCCUGCAAGCGGCAGCGUCGACGUAAGCACUGACGGAUUAACCAUGGAAGCUGCAUUUGUGUGUGCGUCUGGAUAUUAUCUCGAGGGAGCUGAUGUAAUUUUGUGCAAUACGUCUGGACUAUGGAGUGAAGAUAGUCCUGUUUGCAUAAAAUGUGGUGAUCUGGCAUCGCCAGACUCGGGUAAUGUAUUAUUAAGCACGAAUGGUACCGUCACACACGUGCAGUAUUUCUGCGAUGUCGGCUACUCAGCAUCUGGCGUCAGCGAGUCCAGAUGUCUUGAAGAUGGAACGUGGGAGCUAUCUGAUCCUCCUACAUGUGUACCAUGUGACCCACUAGAAGACAUGGUGAACGGGAGCGUUUCUUAUACCACCAAUGGUACUGAAACAGCUCUCACUAUCGAAUGUGAGUUGGGGCAUACUCUGAGUGAUAAUGCCAUCGUUUCCUGUCAGCCAGACGGCACAUGGACAACCGGACUUCCUCAGUGUGAAUGUGAGGUGUUCAGUUCACCACAGAACGGGAACUUGACAAUUUCCACGGACGGCACUAAGGCUAGUUACACUUGUGGGGAAGGCUUCACACUGACGGGAGACACUACAAUAGAUUGCAUUACAGCAAUAACAACCCCAGACUAUACACCUCCAUCUUGCACUCUGUGCGAUCCGCUAUCAACUACCGCAGCAAUUGCAUUGGCCUCCGACGAAACUGUGACUUCGGCGACAUUUUCAUGUGAGGUUGGGGCUACGUUAGUUGGUGCAAGUAUCGCCACUUGUCGAAGUGAUGGAACAUGGAACACGUCUCCUCCAACAUGCGGUAACUGA